UUUGUCCCCUAUUCUUUUCCCAAGAGGGAGGCCGUAGGUCAGCCUCAAGCAUUAUCUCUGGAGCUGUCUGCUCUGAUAUUGGAGUCUCUCGCUGACUGUUAGACCAUCAGUUAGGCUAAGGUGGCUGGCCAGUGAGCCCAGGGAUCUGCGAGUCUCCACCGCGGGGAUGGCAAACGUCUGCCAUGAUUUUUGUGUAGGUUCAAAGAAUUGAACUAAGGUUUCCAUGGUUGCACAGCAGACAUGUCACCAACAAAUCCGUCUCACCAGCCCUGGCGAGACCACUGCUAAGAGCUGAGGCGUCAGUAUCAGUAAGUCCUGUACCCUUGCAUCGUGAACUUCCCUUCCUUCACGUUCAGAACGUCUUGGUCACCCUGAGAGCUGACCCGCUAACAUUACUGAGCACACCUCCCCAAGCUCUGGCGACUCAAAGACACGGUGUUUUAAGUUCCAACUUGUGCUUUGUCGAUGUCCCCUAGGCCAGAGAAAGUGUCAGGUUCUGCCUAGGUUCAAGAGGAGGCAUCACCGAAGGAACCUUAUGGGGCAGGGUGAUGGGAGCAUUGGAACCCUGGCUGCCAGGAGGGACGCACUGGGUCCCCUGCGCUCUGGGUGCAAUUGGGCUCGGGGAUCAGCAGCCUGGCCUCACAGGCCUUUCUCCCCAGGUCCCGAUGCCAAGGGGGGAGACAGCCCCGCAGUCCCGGAGGACCCUACCGUCGCCGAGGACACGCGCAACCCCUUACAGCCGGCGCUCCCGCAGCUCCCCCGCCGCCCGCAGCUGCUAGAUGAAGACGCAGGGCCGGACGAGGACGGGGCCGUGGCCGCAGAGGGCAGCGAGCCCGCCCGGGGGGACUCAGAACCCGCAUCUACGUCGGGCGAUCCGGGACCCGGGUCCAAGGCCACCAGUGGCACCGUGCCGCCCAUAGGCUUUGUGGGUGAGCCUCCGCCCUACGCGCCGCCGGACCCUAAGGCAGUGGCGCUGCUCUACCCGCCCUUCCCGCAGGUGCCGGUGCUGUUCCAGCCCGCACCCGGGCCCGCUGCACUCUACCCACCGCCGCCUGGGCCGCUCUUUCCACCCGCGGCUGCUGCCGGAGCCUCCUUCCCUUUCCCCGCGUAUGGCAGCCCCAUGGCCGGCGGGCCUGCCCCCAUGCCAGUGGAGCACAGGCCUCUGCCCAAGGACUUCAUGAUGGAGUCAGUGCUGGUGACCCUGUUCUGUUGCCUUCUCACGGGGCUUAUAGCCAUCGUCUACUCCCACGAGACUCGAGCAGCCCUGGGCAGGGGUGACCUGGCACAGGCAGAGGAGGCUUCGAGGAAGGCCCGCUCGCUCGUGCUCUUCAGCCUGCUCUUCGGGGUCUUUGUGUCAACCAGCUGGGUCAUCUAUGUGGUGGUGGCCCUCUACCUCCCCUGAGCCCAGGACUUGCAGGCCAGGCCGUGCCCUUUCCGUGGACCCUGAUUCCUCGUGUUGCUCUCACAGGGCAAAGGGGAUGUGGGCUCAGAAGUCCUGUCCGCGGGUGGCCCACUGAGGCCUUCGGUCGGAUCCACAUCUGAGGGACACAGGCCCUUCUUGGGAUGCCCGUCUUCACCUUCACUCCUGGAGAACACAGAAGACUACUGUUCCCACUGUCUUCAGAGCCUUCCAGACGACGUGGCCAUCUCCAGCCCAGCUCAGGGAUCUGGCUCUAGUUGCAUGCGCUCUCCCUGGGAGAGCGAAGAGGAGAAUUCACUUCUGCUUCUCUCCCUGGGAGUUCCUGCCUGCUCCUGCACCCUUGCCCAUGUGGGGAGAGAUCAGGGCAGUUAGUAAGAAGCGACAGAACUUCCUGUCACUACUUCAGAGAACACCGCUACUUUCUGUCUAUGGUCUGAAUGCAACUGAGUCCCCAGCUCCAUUGCUUAGCCUUCUCCGAGCUGUCUGUCUGUGGCUCACACUUCAGCUCCACUUACACAGGACGCGUUUCCCGAGAUCCACUUUUCUAAAAGUUUCU